AUGGCAUCAAAUAUAACCGACUUCUAUCGGGUGUUAGAGUUGGCGUCUAAUGCGUCUGAUGAUGAUAUCAAGCGAAGUUACAAAAAGUUAGCUGUCAAAUAUCAUCCUGAUAAGACGUCAGAUACAAAACACCAUGAGUUGUUUAUCAAAAUACAAGAAGCAUAUGAAACGUUAAAAGAUCCUGAAAAACGGCGCAAAUACGAUAGAGAACACAGAAAGAGCAAUUACAGUUCAUAUAAAUCAUAUAGUACGUCUGCGCAUACAUCUACAACCACUUCCGCAUCUACGUCUACGUCUAGGACGAGCAGAACCCCAGGAUAUUAUGGAUUCUAUCAGCAUUUCUAUAGAUCAUACCAAAAUCCAGAUAUGGCAGAAAAGCAGAAACAGGCGCAAGAAGAGAAGUUGAAAAAAGACCGGGAAGACCAAUCGAGGAAGGCUGCCAAAAUUGCUAAGGAAAAAGUUGAAGAACAACUCAGAAGAGACAAAGAAGAGAGGAUCAAGAGAGAACGCGAGCUAGAGAAACGGAAGGAACGUGAACGGUAUAAGGAAAAGGAAAAUGAACGAGAGGCGGCAAACGCUCAUUAUAACGAAAGGAAACGAGAUGCAUAUAGAAAGGAAUGGGAGAACACAUUCACCCAUUUCGCCCAGGAAGAUGAUGUUCUAGAUCAAUAUUUUUUGGAGAGGCGAAGAGCACAAGAUAAGGCUAAAGAUAAGCCUGUAUUUGGAUCGGUUCAUAAUGGAAAUCCACUGAAUAGCCAGACGGCCUAUCGUGAGCAAGACACCCCCGAUACAGACAGCCUUGGCCAACAUGGACACGAUUCCAGUGAUCCUAUAGUACUAGACGAUGAUGGCGUGGAACGGCGGUCUAGUAAGCUGAUGUCGAAUACACAAGCUUCAGCCAAUGGACUGAAUGGAUCGAAUAAAAAGGGAUCAAAUCAUAAUUCGGAUUCGGAAGAUGAAGAAUUUGUAUCUGCAUUGCACGAAUCACUGGACGAAAUGGAAAGCAAUGCUGCAGGUUCUAAUGGAAAUGGGUCGGAGCAACUUUUCAAUGGAGUAGAACAACUUUUCAAUGCUAGCAUGAAUCUCAGGCCUAGACAGGAGCCCAGCCGAUUAAGCAAAAAUCGACGUUCUGUUUCACCGUCAAGAAAUAAACCAGUCGCUCCAACCACGAGUUAUGUUCGAAAUAAUAGCGUUUCUCACGAUCAUGCCACAUCCAAAAGACCGAAGACUACAGGCACGUUUGGUUUUGAUGAUUUGAAGGACCAGUUAGGUGGUGACAUUGGAAACGUCGACUUCUCCGAAGUCUUGGAAAGCUUACCAAAAGAUGUACGUAAUGAUAAGACUCGGAAGAUCAGUGAAGAUAUCACCUCCAAACUCAAGGCCAAACGACCAAGAGUGGCCGAAUACACGAAUGGUACUUCGAAGGCAGAAACACUUCACAUUCCUAUUAACAGAAACUCUGUCAAGGGCCAUUAUAUGCCCUCCGAUGGUCGGAAGAAAAUACUAACCAUGUUGGACUUGCAUGCAUCUCCAACCAUUCACAACUAUAACUCUCCAACUCCCCCAGAGGCCUUGCUCAGUAAAAAAUUAACAAAAGAAAUUUGGAUGAGAUACGUUUCCUCCAUUCGUGAUUACCAAUCUGACUUCCUCAAUUAUAAGAAGCAUAUCGUACAGUAUCAAUUAGAGAGAUCUAAGAAAGACGAAGAAUACUUCGAACUAAUAAAUUCAAGUUCUGCUUGCUUCGAAGUUUAUCAACAAUGUCUAGAACGUGAUUUUAAGGUUCUCCAGGAAUACACAGAGCUGCUAAGAGUAUUUACGAGUACAAUGGAUAUCUAUAAACAGAAUUGCAACUGGAUUAAGAUGUCGAAUUCAUAG